AUGGGAACUGAACUACCUCUCGGAACAGAGUACGGAAUGCUAUACAUACAAAUUGCCUGUAUCAAUGAUGAGAAGUCGUACAAGCCAGCAAGAGGAAUUGCCAAGGGCCUGCGCAUAACUAGGUGCCUAAAUGACGGCGUCGUGCUCGAGACCGAGACCGACUCAGACAAGCUUACAGUACAAGGUACAUACAUGCUUGGAAAGAAAAGAAACCCGGUGCGGUCCGGUACAUGUCUGGUACAUUCUGCCUACCAUGUCAACAGGUCCAACGUCCUCUGCGCUGUUACUCCCAGCAGCAAUGUCGUCCUGGAGCCUCGCUUCAUCGCACACCACCUGCACAGUCCCAAAGUCCAGCAGAACAAGUACCAAGCGGCACCGCCAGAUGGACCGGACCGACUCUUGUGCAUCGCAUUUGAUCACAGCUACACCCUCGCCGUUGUUCACAGGGCCGCCGGCGCAGGGAUCAAUACCAAACCAACCAGACGCCAACUGGGACCCCCCGCUCUCCUUCUCUUAUUUUUGUAG